AUGAAAGACGAUCCCAAAGAUUUGGAUCAACUUUUGAAAGAAACUUUCACGAAUGAAUUUCGGUCUGGAUAUGUAAAUGCAAAAGGAGUGACGAUGACUGAUCUUUACCCAAACAUCGCGGAUUCUAUUGAGAAUCUCAAGAUCUGGGAUGACGACGUGUGGGUUUGCAGUUUUCCGAAAUCGGGAACUACCUGGACUCAAGAAAUGGUCUGGUGCAUCAGUCACAAUCUCGAUUUCAAAGGAGCGGAGGUGAAUUUGACAACUCGUUUUCCAUUCCUCGAAUCGUCAGCUCGUGUUGAUAAUGCAGCACUCAUUGAGAAGUUCCCAGAACUGGCGAAUCAUGAGUUCGUCCACGAUAGUGUGAAAUUCGUGGAGGACCUACCACGCCCUAGAUUCAUCAAAACUCAUCUUCCAUUUCAGCUUCUUCCUCGCGAUCUGCGAGAGGGACGUACCCAGGCAAAGAUUGUGUAUGUCUGCAGGAAUCCAAAGGAUGUGUGCAUAUCUUUCUAUCAUCAUACCAAACAUUUUGCGUUCCGGGGGGAUUUCGAGCAAUUCUGCAGACUUUUUCUGGGUGAUAAAGUUCCUUACUGUCCUUUUUGGAAUCACAUAUUCGGUUUUUGGAAUAAAAGGAAUGAUUCAUCAUACAACAUUUUAUUUCUCAAGUAUGAAGACAUGAAAUCGGAUUUGAUAUCGGUGAUCCAGAAAACUGCGAAAUUUCUGAAGAACGCCAAACUAUUUUCAGAGGAAUUAAACCAGUUGCUGGACCACUUGAGUUUCGAAAACAUGAAGAAGAAUCCAGCGGUCAAUCACAAGAGCAUGUUUGAGUUCACAAAGCAGUACCUCGGCGCCUCAGGAGAGGCAGAAUUCAUACGACGAGGGCAAGUGAACCAGUGGAAAACUGUAAUGUCCCCCAAUAUUUUGGCCCAAUUUGAUGAGUGGAUCUCGAAAAAUUUAAAAACUUCAGAUUUUUCUUUUGAGUCUCCUGUGAAGCCGAAUAUUCAGUAUAUCGAGCAAUUCCACAAUUCAAGAUGA